UAAUUCUUCCCAGACCCAGCCGGCCCCGCGCUGGCACCGGGCCUCGGAGUUUUGACUUUCCAUCAUGGUGCUUAAUUGUCCCCGGAGUUCAUGGUCGGUCAUCCUGAUGUGGGGUAAGUAAACAUACACUUAACCAGCUUUUUUUCUGGAAAUUCAAUUCAACGUCUCGAGCAUUUUUGGAAAAGCACAGCAAAACUAUUCUCUCGCAUCGCGUGCUUUCCUGCCCUGUUACGAUACCCUACAGCGAUGAACGGAACAACUCUGAAGUCCACCGAAGGUGGCAUUGCCCAAGAUAGGCCACUGAAGGUUCUGAUAGCUGGGGGAGGUAUUGGAGGUCUCUCAGCUGCCAUCUUCCUGCGACACGCUGGACAUACCGUCGAGAUAUUUGAGUCUAGCCGAUUCGCUUCAGAAACUGGAGCAGCAAUUCAUAUCCCGAGCAACGUCAAUGGGUUACUGAGGAGAAUGGGUAUGAUCCCAGAAGACAAUGGAGCAAACCAGUGCGAGUGGGUUUCAGAGUACCGACCAAAGGGCGAACAAGUCUUUCUCAAAGAUGUUCGGAUGCUGUCCAAAGUCUUCCCAUAUCCUUGGCAAUUGAUCCACCGAGUUGACUUGCACAAUGCUUUGAAAGUCCUCGCGACUUCUACUACAGGGAAGGGUACACCAGCAAUUCUCCACCUGAGAAGCCGAGUUGCUAAGGUGGAUGUCUCAAGUACAAGUUUGACAUUGGAGGAUGGGACGACACACACGGGAGAUCUCAUCAUUGGAGCGGACGGAGUGCACUCCAAAAUUCGAGGCUCGUUGAUUAAGGACCUAUCACCACCUGAGACCUCAGGAUCCAGUGCUUUCAGAUUUCUCAUUCCAGUCGAAAAGAUCAAGUCCGAUCCAAAAACAGCACAUUUUGUUCAGCGCCCUGGAGAGCUGCAACUCUGGUAUGGUGAGGACCGAAGAAUCGUGGUGUAUCCCUGCAAGAAUAACACACAAUUGAACUUUGUUGCCUUGCAUCCGGAUGAAGAGUCAGAGGCUAGCGCAGAGGAAUGGGACCAGUCUGCUUCGAAGGAGACAAUGUUGCACUGCUUCAGGUCAUAUCCAGAGGCCGUCAAGGCAGUUCUCGCCAAAGCAGCUCCCGAAGGUAUCAACUUAUGGAAGCUUCUUGAUCAUGACGAACUUGGCCGAGAGAACUGGGUCCAUGGAAAAAUCGCUCUUCUUGGAGAUGCAGCUCACGCAUUCUUGCCUCAUCAAGGGCAAGGCGGCGCUCAAGCUAUCGAGGAUGCCGCUGCACUUGGAGCAUUACUUCCUUUGGGAACUCGGCCAGAAGAUAUUCCCAAGCGACUUGAGUUGUACAUCCAAGCCCGCUACGAUCGCGCAACAUUGGUGCAGGAUGUCAGUCGCCAAGCAGCUUUCAAGACGUCUCGUGGAAAACAUGGUGGCAAGGUCAUGGACCCAAUGCAGUUUACGGAGUUGAAUUUCAACCAUGAUGCGUUCGAUAAUGCUCACGCAAUUUUGCUUCGAGAGAUGAGAAAUGCCGCGGCGUAUCGUCGGAUGCCACUUUCGUUUGGUCCAACCCCAAGUCCACGGCAAGACUUGAAUGGCAGAGCUCGAACUAUGGGCAAACACUCGUACCAGACCAGCUUCGUGACUUUCAAGACAAAUAAGAGCUAUCUCAACACAUUUCUUCCCAGCAACGAUUUUGUAAUCAGCAGUCGAGGCGCCUGGGCAACUGCUACAUUUUCUGUUUCCAAACUGGGGAACUUGGACUGGCUUGGUGGACGAGGCUAUUCGUUCUUCGGACUUUACAUCCACGAUGUUACACACACCGGUGCCGCGGAUGCGAAAGAAACAAAAGGAGACUUUCUGCCAGUCCUGUUCGAAAAUAUGGCCGAUCCUAUCAUCACUGGACGGGAAGAGAUCAACUUCCCCAAAGUCUUCGCCACAUUAGACGAGCAGGUAUCGGCCUCAUCAUACAAACUUAGUGCCGGCUGGCAAGGAACGGAAUUCUGCCAACUCAGUCUUGAUGGCUUAGUAGAUUCUGCGGACGCUCAGUCUGUCUUGCAGACUCCUGUAUUGACUGCCACUUCGACACUGUCGAAUGACGAGAAAGGAACAGUCGAGACGCUGAACUGCUUCUCGAGCCCAGCUCUUCCGGCGCAAGAGGGUGAGAAGAGACAGAAGGCUGCUUCGGCAACCGUCAAGUUCACAGAUCUGGAGGGCAUGGAACUGGAACGUGCUUUCCCUACGCUUGCGAAUAUUGUGAAGGGACUGAGGGGUAUUAAGGUCGUGGAGGUUUUGGACGCGGGAGUUCGGGCUUCAGAGUAGUUUGCAGAUUGAUGAAAAAUGUACUUUACAAACGUUUCAUACAUAGUUAUCCGUCUAAAGCGUUCGAUCACCAUGUAUCUGUGUCGGAAGCACAGAAUAACCUCAAGACUCGCCUCCUCGAGCGUGACCCGUUACGUCAUUUAAGGACAUUCAUAUCACAAUUUAAUAUAUAAGACAAUUUGU